AUGGAGCAAUCUUUCCUUCUCGCUCCGGCGGAGGUGCUGAAGCAUUUCGAUGUCACGGAACGAUCUGGUUUAUCUAGCUCUCAAGUCUCCCAAUCAAGGCAGAAAUAUGGUCCAAAUGCGCUUGCGGAAGAACCGCCGACUCCUCUAUGGGAGCUGGUGCUCGAACAAUUCAAAGAUCAGCUCGUUCUAAUUCUUUUGGGCUCAGCAGCUGUCUCGUUUGUGCUGGCUCUUUUCGAGGAGAGCGACGACUGGACUGUUUUUGUUGACCCUGCAGUGAUUCUGACUAUUCUCAUCCUCAAUGCGAUCGUCGGUGUGACCCAAGAAAGCAGCGCCGAGAAGGCAAUUGCGGCUCUACAGGAAUACUCUGCGAACGAGGCUAAAGUGGUCCGGGAUGGAGCGGUCCAGCGCAUCAAAGCGGAGGAACUGGUACCCGGAGAUAUCGUUCACGUUGCGGUUGGAGACCGUGUCCCCGCCGAUUGUCGACUCCUUGCCAUCCACAGCAACAGUUUCCGGGUAGAUCAGGCUAUUCUUACUGGUGAAAGCGAGAGUGUCGCCAAAGACACCCGUGCGGUCGGUGAUAAGCAGGCUGUCAAGCAGGACCAAACCAACAUCCUCUUCUCCGGUACCACCGUUGUCAACGGCAAUGCCACAGCUGUCGUUGUCCUAACUGGUUCGUCAACCGCGAUUGGUGAUAUUCAUGAAAGCAUCACGUCUCAGAUAUCGGAACCGACACCGCUGAAGCAAAAGCUGAACGACUUCGGUGAUAUGUUGGCCAAAGUUAUCACGGUCAUCUGCAUUUUGGUUUGGGUCAUCAAUGUCGAACAUUUCAACGAUCCUUCUCACGGCGGCUGGGCCAAAGGUGCCAUCUAUUACCUCAAGAUCGCCGUUUCUCUUGGGGUAGCCGCUAUUCCGGAGGGACUGGCCGUUGUCAUCACCACCUGUCUGGCUCUGGGUACCCGUAAGAUGGCGCAAAAGAACGCCGUUGUCCGCUCGUUGCCCUCUGUUGAAACUCUCGGAAGCUGCAGUGUGAUCUGCUCUGACAAGACGGGAACCCUUACCACCAACCAGAUGAGUGUUGGAAAGAUUGUUUACUUGAGCCAGUUGGGAACAGACGUCGAGGUCAUUGAUGUGGAAGGUACAACAUUUGCGCCGGAGGGCAACCUUUCGUCCAAUGGCAAGGUCGUCACCAACCUGGCCGUGUCUUCGUCGACCGUCCGCCAGAUGACUGAGGUCAUGGCUCGUUGCAACGGUGCUGCAAUCGCCCACGAUGAGAAAACCGGUACUUUCUCGUGCAUCGGCGAACCCACCGAAGGAGCGCUCCGUGUCCUCGUUGAGAAGAUCGGUACCGAUCAUGCUGGUACUAACGACAAACUCCUCAACUUGCCCGCGUCGCAGAAGCUUCAUGUUUCUAGUGCCCAUUACGAAGCUCGCUUGCCUCUGCAAGCUACCUAUGAAUUCUCCCGCGAUAGAAAGAGUAUGUCCGUCUUGGUGGGCACUGGAAACGACCAGAGACUCCUUGUCAAGGGUGCGCCUGAGUCUAUCCUCGAGCGUUGCUCCUACGUUCUCCUUGGUUCGAACGGUGCCCGUGUGUCUUUGACUAAAGACCACCUUGAUCUUUUGUCAUCUGAAGUGGUAGAGUACGCAAGCCGUGGUCUCCGUGUGAUUGCCUUGGCAAGUGUCGAUGAUGUGGCAACAAACCCCUUGGUCCAGAAGGCCAGCACCUCUGAAGAAUACGCCCAGUUGGAACAGAACAUGACACUUAUUGGCCUUGUUGCGAUGCUUGAUCCCCCUCGGGUGGAGGUUGCCGAUUCAAUCAAGAAGUGUGCAGAGGCUGGUAUUCGUGUAAUUGUCAUUACUGGUGAUAACCAGAACACUGCAGAAUCGAUUUGCCGUGAAAUUGGUGUUUUCGGCAAGGACGAAGAUCUCAAAGGCAAAAGUUUCACCGGAAGGGAGUUCGAUAGUCUCUCUCACAGUGAACAACUUGAGGCUGUCAAGAAGGCAUCGCUUUUCUCCCGCACUGAACCCGCCCACAAAUCUAAGCUGGUCGAUCUACUACAAUCCCUUGGCCAUGUGGUUGCGAUGACUGGUGAUGGUGUCAAUGAUGCCCCUGCUCUGAAGAAGUCCGAUAUUGGUGUUGCUAUGGGCACUGGUACCGAUGUGGCCAAACUCGCUGCUGAUAUGGUUCUUGCGGAUGAUAACUUUGCAACCAUCACCGUUGCUGUUGAAGAGGGACGGUCUAUCUACAGCAACACUCAGCAGUUUAUCCGAUACCUUAUCUCGUCAAAUAUUGGUGAGGUUGUCUCUAUCUUCCUGACUGCCGCCCUGGGAAUGCCUGAAGCUCUUGUUCCUGUGCAGCUUCUAUGGGUCAACCUGGUAACAGAUGGUUUACCUGCCACUGCUCUGUCCUUCAAUCCUGCCGAUCAUGAUGUUAUGCGACGACCCCCGAGGAAGCGUGAUGAACCGCUUGUUGGCGGCUGGCUGCUCUUCAGAUACAUGGUGAUUGGUACCUAUGUCGGCGCGGCUACUGUAUUUGGCUACGUUUGGUGGUUCCUCUACAAUCCCCAAGGCCCUCAAAUCUCUUUCUGGCAACUGUCUCAUUUCCACAAAUGCUCCGCCGAGUUCCCGGAGAUUGGCUGCGAGAUGUUCUCGAAUGAUAUGUCGCGCUCUGCGUCCACGGUCUCGCUCUCAAUUCUUGUCGUGAUUGAGAUGCUGAACGCGAUGAACGCCCUCUCCUCUAGCGAGUCCCUUCUCACUUUCGGUCUCUGGAAUAACAUGAUGCUCGUCUAUGCCAUUAUCCUCUCGAUGUCCCUUCAUUUUGCGAUUCUAUAUAUUCCCUUCUUGCAAGGGUUGUUCGCCAUCCUUCCUUUGAAUUGGGUGGAGUGGAAGGCAGUCUGGGCAAUUAGUGCCCCUGUCGUUGUUAUCGAUGAACUUCUAAAGGUGGUUGAGCGUCGCCUGUAUAACAUCACUGUCAUCGCUCCCGUCAAGGAGAAUGGAGCCGUGUCAAAGCCAAAGAAGGCAUAG